GACGGCCGGCUUCUGCGGGGUCCAGGUGAGAAAGGCCCACCUGAGUCCCGGGUAAGGGUCUCCAGAGUUCCCGGGGGCCGGAGGAUUCCUGAAACCAUGGAUCACCCACAUGUGCUUUGAAGCAUGCUUUAGAUUUUUUUGGUGAAAGCCCUGCAACUUCCCUAAAAAUCGAAUGUAUUAUGACCUAUGGCCAAUGGUAGCAGAGUCCACACAGAACUAUGCUUCGUGGUGUUCUGGGGAAAACCUUCCGACUCAUUGGAUACACCAUUCAGUAUGGCUGCAUAGCUCAUUGUGCUUUUGAAUACGUUGGUGGCGUUGUCAUGUGUUCUGGACCAUCGAUGGAACCUACAAUUCAAAAUUCAGAUAUUGUCUUUGCAGAAAAUCUUAGUCGACAUUUUUAUGGUAUUCAAAGAGGUGACAUUGUGAUUGCAAAAAACCCAAGUGAUCCAAAAUCCAAUAUUUGUAAAAGAGUAGUUGGCUUGGAAGGAGACAGAAUCCUCACUGCCUGUCCAUCAGAUUUUUUUAAAAGCCAUCAUUAUGUGCCAACUGGUCAUGUUUGGUUAGAAGGUGAUAAUCUGCAGAAUUCCACAGAUUCCAGGUACUAUGGACCUAUUCCAUACGGACUGAUAAGAGGACGGAUCUUCUUUAAGAUUUGGCCUCUCAGUGAUUUUGGAUUUUUACGUGACAGCCCUAAUGGCCAAAGAUUUUCUGAUGAUUAGCAAGCAUUUGUACUUUUGACUUUUCGCUGUCUCCUAUUAAUUACUACCAAUGAAACUGUGUACUAACCAAUAAACUAUUUACUAUUUGA